AUACAGAACAGCGCAAUUCUUCCCGGCUCUUCGGAACCGCUUGAACGAAACCUACAGGAAGACGAAAGCAACGUCUACAAUUGGCUCCGUGGCUUUGCCGUAAGCAUCGUUGCUGCCUAGGAAACCAGGCGGCCGUCACCUUCCAGCUGGGAAAGAUUUACCUUCACCUCCUAAUCUUGCAUAACAGGAGACGGCGACCAACACUCGUGGCAGCCGCGCACGGUACACUAUGGAAAACAUCAUGGAUCUCUGCUCCACUGAAGAUGGAUAUAACAGCAGCAGCAUUGUUCUUGAAAAACAAGUAUUUAGAUCGAAAGUGCCAGAAUCACAUGUUCAGCUGGCUUGUAGCCUCCAUUACUGUGCUUUUCCCUUAAAUGGAAAUGAACUUUGUAUUUGGAAUAUGAGUGAUGAGCCCAACCAUCAGCCAUUGCGUUUAAUAGGUCAUCAUCACUCAAUUACUGCCCUGGCAUUUGGGACCAAAGUUGAUCCUCUCCUUAUUUGCUCUGCUUCACAAGAUUAUGUGAUAGUUUGGAAUCUGGAUGAAUGUACAAAGAAGGUGCUAGAAGGGUUAAUGCCACAAGGUAUUGUGAUAGGAACACUUCUGGGGAUGGUGCUUUAUGUUCGCUUUAGUCCAGAUGAUCAGACUGUGGCAGUAUGUGCUGGUAAUCGAAUCUACAUGCUAAAUGCAAAGAAUGAAGCAAUAAUUGCUGAACUAGAAGGCCAUCUGGCACCAGUAACUGCUGCUGAAUUUUGUACUUGGGAGAAAAAUAUACUUAUAUCAAUUUCAGAAGAUAGAAGUUUUAAGGUCUGGGAUUACUGUAUUGGAUUGCUAAUAUAUCAGUCAGCAGUAAUAACAGCAUUUCCUCUUUUAAGUCUCUUUAUUGAUGAAGCAAAUAAACAGAUUAUUACUGGAUGCGCAGAUGGACAGCUAUGGAUCUUCAGCUUGAUUAGUGGACAUAAGUAUCGCUGUGUAAUUCAUAUUAAUGUAAAGAAAGAGAGAAAAAAGUUUUACAACAAAAUAACAAAAUUUGAGCAUUUGGAUCAGAUUCAGAAUAUUUCUCAGGCAUGUACUAUAAGCAAUAUAGAAGAAGAUGAUGCUGUUGAAACUACCUUUCCAAUCCUGAGAAUGGAACACUGUGAUAACCCAGCAAAUUUUGGUGAUAAAGAAUCUAGAUUUCCUGAUGUGGGUACCCAGUAUUUGUGGAUUGGAAGCUCUACUGGUUUAUUCAUAAUUAACAAUGCAAACUUUGAGUUGGAAGCUGCUUUACAUUACAAAGAUUUCACUGGUCUUAGUAUUCAGAUUGCUGGAUCCUGUGCUUUAACAAGGAAGGCAGUCAAUGAUAAGGUUUUCUGUUUGCUAAGUUCUAUGCUGGAGAACAAAAUUGUUUUACUGGAAGUUAACGUUGCUGCUCUCUUGAGAUGUCAACAGAAUAGUCUCCUUUUAAGUGGAAGGGAGGAAGGCUUUUCUGCUGUUGCAAGGUGUCCUCUUCUUGUGACCUCUCCCUUGUACGCAAAGAAGGAAAAAGCCAAACUUGUAAAUAAAACAGGUACAAAAACCCAUGUAAAAGACAAGCCAUUGGUUUUUCAUAACAAAAUUAAAUCAUCAGGUUAUACAUCAGCACCACACAUGCUCAUGUUCUCCCCAAAUUCAAAAGUAAAGCACAGCAGGUUGACAUCAGAAUGCAAGAGGAGUUGGAGACGAAGAAAUAAGGAAGACUAUCCACUUGGAAAAUCUCCUCCAACCGAAAGUGUGAGGCAAAUUACUGUAACUGAUAAACCAACCGCCAUAUGCUGUAUUCAGUAUUCAGGAAAUGGAGAAUUAUUGGCUUGUGGUUUAGCUGACAAAACAUUGCUGGCAUUCAAAUCAAACCUUAUAGGAGAACCAACUGUUUAUUCAGGACACGAUGGUGCUAUUACUUCAGUAGGUUGGAGCCAUGACAACAACUGGCUUGUUUCAUCUUCUGAAGACAGAACAUUAAAGAUCUGGUCAGUUAGCAGCGCAGAACCUGCUUUAUGUCUGGGAAAGGAAAUAUUUCACAAAUCUGUCCGAUCAGCCCAGUUCUAUUAUAUAGAUACGUUCAUAUUACUGUCCUGUGGAGCAGAAUUUUAUUUAUUAAGAUACUAUCUUGACACCAGUAAAGAUGAGAUAAAACGAUAUAGAACAAAGAGUAUUUGCAAAUCAAUACAGAAAUUUCCAAUGGCGUCUACAGUGGAAAUUACCAGCCUUUCAGCAGUGAAUGAUUUCUAUUCCUAUAUUGUAUUGGCAGCUGGGAGUAACCGAGCACUAGAAAUAUUUGACCUCAACGUGGGCUGUAGUGCAGCAGUGAUAAGAGAUGCUCAUUCUAGAUCAGUUCACCAAAUUUGCCAAAAUAAGGGAUCAUCUUUUAGCUGUCAACCACAUGAAGCUUACAAUCUCUUUUUAACAGCAGCCAUUGGUGAUGGCAUCAAACUUUGGGAUUUGAGAACACUGAGGUGCGAGCGUCGUUUUGAAGGUCAUAUUAGCCGCUGUCAUCCAUGUGGAAUUAGUGUUUCUCCUUGUGGCCAGUUCAUCGCUUGUGGAUCUGAAGAUAAAUGUGCUUAUAUAUAUGAGAAGCAUUCUAGCACCUAUUCUUAUAAACUGACAGGACACACUGAAUCUGUAAUCAAUGUGGCUUUUAAUCCAUCAUCUCCCCAGCUCGUUUCGGCUACCUUGGAUGGCAAAUUGCAAUUGUUUCUACCCCAAUAAUAAUCAGCCCUGACAUCUUUGGUGUUUCUACAGUGAGAAUUAAACUUCUUGAAAGAAAAAAAAGAUUGGUAGCUGAGCAUGGUAACUGGGCAAACUGUAGCAAAUUUUAGUUAAAUAGAGUCUUCCAGAUUUGUUCUACUAUUUGUCAACCAACUGGGAUUUGCUUUUAAAAAAAAUCUUACCGCUGGAAAAGCACAUUGAUACCAAAUGAUAGAUUUUUAAUAUUUUGUGGGGUUAGGUUAUUUUUAGCUCAAGAGUUAAGUUUCCGUAGUGUAUAAAUUUUUAAUGAUAUUUUGGAUGGUUGUUUUAUAACCACCCAAUUUUUUAUUAUUACACAAAUUAAAUAAAACUUUUGUUAUUCAGUUGCUUGCUAACACCUAAUCCUCAAUAAUAAAGGAACAGUCUACUCAUUCCUGUUGCAUCUUGAUUUAAUUACAGAGACUGUCUGAGAUGCUAAGUAUUUCCUCUGCAUUUGGAUAUGCUAGCAAUAUUUUAAUAUAUUUCUUGUACCUUUGAUUUUAUGUGGUCAAUAGACACUAUUAUGCAAUGGAUUUCUCCUUUUUCUCUAAAAAUUCUUUAGUUGACUAAUGGAAGUAGAUGUAACAUAUGGUUCUUUUUUUUAAAAAGAAUCAUAGAAAAUGCAACUUUCUCAACAGACUGUUAAAAUCUCAAUAAAGACAGGUAUUUCUUGCAGGAUUUUAAAAAGUUAAUUUUCAACUAUGCUUAAUGUUCUUUCACACAACUGUAAAUCUCCUGGAAGAAAGUAAAAUAAGUUAAUAAGGUAAACUAAGUAAAAAUAAUAGUUUCACCAUUCUCAGACCCUUAACAAUGGAAGUUCAGUCAAAAUAAAGAUCACUACCAUUUAAGACACAUUUAUUUAACUAGUUGUGCUUUCCAUAAUAUGGAAACAAGUGAUCAUCUGAAUACAAAUUCUUCAGUAAACUAGUCAGAAGAUUUUUAAACAAUAGGGUAUAAGUGCUCAAAAUGUGUUUAAUUAAUUGGGGGUAGUUCAGGGGUAAAAUUUACUUACCUUCCCUACCGGUUCGCCAAUGUGCGCAGGCCAUCAUCUGCGCAUGCUCAAAGCCUUCUUCGCAUGCACAGAGUCUUAAAAUGUCGCAAAAAAGCGACAUCAUGACAUCCGUGUGAGUGGGCGGAGCCUCCUGCAGCCGCUGCUACAGGUUCACCCGAGCCGGAUAGAACCGGCUGGAUUUCACCCCUGGGAUAGUUAUAAUACUUACGGAAUAUUCAAUUAGAUGUAAAUAUAUAUUAAAAUAAAUCCUGAUAAUGAAAAAAGCUCGAUAUAGCCAAUAUAUUAUUUUCACAAUGGCAAGCACCAAUUUGUUAUGCUUACACUAUGAAUCCUUGUAGAUUAUGGGUUUAAAAGAAAUAUUUUGCCAUAAAAGAAGGAAUAUAAUCUAAUGUUUGACAUGUAGUAACAAAAUUGUUUCAAUCUUCAAAGGUAUCUAUACUUUUAGGAGUAAGAUUGCUGAAAACACAGGUGCCUCUGAAAGACUAGAUCACCAGUAGAGUAUUGUUUGAUAGGAAUUCUCCUGUUCUUUAUAGUGAAUUUAAACCCUUUACACAAUAUUUGAAUUGCCCCCCCCCCAUUUAUACAGAAUAAGGGUCUGCAGUGACAUAGGAGAAGGAGUGAAGCUACUGUAAUAAUUUCCACUUCUUCAACUAUGGCCACACUCCCAUUUUUCUAGAACUCUUGUUUCUCCUUUUCAAUAUUAUCUGCCUCUUUGUCUCUAUUCUAUCUCUCUCAUAGGAUAUAGGAUAACUGUCUAUCUGAAAAGUAACAUAAAAUACAUGUUUGUAUUCCAUAAAUACAGUACCAGUGGAAAUGUAAAAGAAGCUGCUGAAGUUGUAGGUUGCAAAAAGUCAUUAAGUUUGUUGUGAUGAAUCUAUGUAUCAAAAACAAAUAUCUUAUUAUUAUUAUUUUUGCUCCAAACAAUGAGUAUAUUAAUUGCUGCAUUUGAUAGGCUAUUCAAGUUGAACUGUCUUACCAUUGAGCUAAAAGACAAAGCUCCUGCAGUUUUUUAUUCAAAUUCUUUAUGUCAUGUUUGUACAUUACUGAGAAGGGAGAAUUUGAUACCCUUAAAGCUGCAAAUGAUUGAUCUUAUUCAGCGGAUAGACUACUAUAUACCAUCUUUUGGGUGUAUUUAAUUUUUCUUUGCUGACUGAUCAAUAUGGCAAAGAUUCAAUGCAAAUUAGCACUUCACAAAAUCCUGUAUUGAUGAUUUUCAUAGAGAUUCUCUAGGCAGUCCAACAAUCAAACCAUCCAACGCUGACACAACAGAAAACCAUUUCAAAACAAAAAUGACCAACAGAUGAGUCGCUGUUAGUUGAAAGCUAGGCAAUCAGAUCACAGUCACGUACAAUCUAGACAUUUCUCAUGGCUCAUGUAUAUUUUUGGCUGUAUUCGGACAAUCUUACAAGGCUUAUUACAAGACUAAUUGCUGCCCCUCUGUUGAUCAUUUUUGUUUUGAAAUGGUUUUCCUGUUGUGUCAGUGUUGGAUGUUUCGAUUGUUGGAUAGUUCUGAAAUAUCCUAUUAAAUAUACUCUGCAAAAAGCACAAAGACACAGAUGCAGGCAAAUUGAUCAGAUCAAUAGUUUAUUUCUGCAGUUGUUUAGACCCCAGAUGUUUUGUAAUUUGUAACAAAUCCUCAAUUGUAGUUUUGAAGAAAAUUAAUUUAAAAAACGCCCUGUAUCAAACUGCUAGAUUUCUUUCCAAUGGUCCCUUCACUACAAUAAAUUGUUGUUUCUGAUUAUUCUAC